AUGAAGCUUUUCAAAUCCCUCGCAGUCCUUGCGGGCUGUGCUUCUGCCGCUGCUUACGAAAAAUGUAUUACUUGUGAAUACGUUGGCGUUGCAGAUGAUGAAACCAACGCUAUCGCCGAUUUGAAAGCUGCGACUUGUACUAAUCCAGCUUCUGACGAUGAACUAGAGGAUUUAAAGUAUACUGUCAGUGGUACUACUGACGCUGAUAACGAAAAAUACUGCGUAUCCAUUUUCUACAUGUUCGAAGCAAAAGAUAUUGGAAACAAAGUCGUCUACGGUGUAAAACGAUACGUCUCAGAUUCGAGCGUUACUCUUUCCCGAGUCGAUGUUGAUGGAUAUGAAGGUGUCAAGGGCAUUGCCAGCUCAGUCCAGCAGAAAGCACUUGAUAACGAUGCUAAGGAUGCCGACGGUAACGACGCACCUAUCCUCCUUACAAACUUCAUUGAACGAGGAGUUGACGGUGCUCUCUACAUGGGAGACGGUCGUGAAGACCCUGUCACCAGUGGCGAUGCCUCUACUGUCAACAUCCAGACCUUCGAUUCCAUUCGAUGUUUGGUCUGUCACGAUGCUCAAGAAUUCUCAACCGCUCCUCUCCAGUCCUCCGACAUCACCAUGCCAUGCUGGAAUCCAUCUGGAAACGUUUUUGCUACCGAUGAUGAAGCUGCCCGAGAUCCAACAAAAUACUGCAGCCCAGAAAACGGUCUUUGCAUGACCAAAACCUGGCAAUAUAAAACCAAAAACGAUGCUAACGUUGUUACCAGCCACUGGGUCGCGAUCGAGCGAGGUUGUGCUUCAAAUACUGAGAAAGCUAGUCUUGGUAGCAGUGAAACUGACGUGCUCACUCCUAAUAAACGAGCCGUUUCUGCUAACAUGUUCGUCCGAAUGUAUGCUGCCACAAACACUGCUUCUAAGGCAAAGGACAAUGCAAAAUACCCUGAUGCCGAUGUUUCGACCAAAAUCGAUCACGCCGAUGUGAAAGACGAUAAGUCUGCAAUUCAGCAAGGAGACCAUUCUACUUUUGAUAUUCGACCAAUUACUGCGCAGUUUAUGUCAUCUGAUGGGUCUGGCAAGCCUGACGUCCCCUCUGUAGCUGCCGCUACCGAGGAACUCGAAUGCAUUAGCUGCUCUACCCCUAUUGGAAACACUGAUUCUGCCAACGAUUGUGUCACCGCCAAAACCACUGGUCGUGUAAAGUGCAAGACUCUUGCCUGUUCCGCUAUCACUUCAAGCUACAAGCUCGGAGAAGAUGCCACUGAAACUUACUAUUACGCAAAACGAGGCUGUGCUGCUGAUCCCGAUGAUGGUGUUACUGAUGGUGAGCAAGAAAAUGCUGAUGACUACGUAGUUCCCGACGGAUGGACCAAUAUCAAACAAUACAACCAACGAUCAACCACUACUAAUGGUAACACUGGACGAUCAUCUUCCAUUUCUACUGCUGUUGUCUUCGAUUGCUACUCCUGCGAGAGCUCCUUCUCCACCACUGUCUCCGGCGCAAACCCAGCUGACCCUAUCUUUGACUCUGUUAAAGAAAAAGACACCUCUCUCUGCUGGCAAACAUUCAAGCCCGUCGCUGACUCUAGCUCCUCGGCAACUGGCACUUCUGGCUCCUGCACCGGCAAAUGCUACGUCUCUGCUUACAAAUACAAGGAAUCUACUGGCACCAGCAAGCUUCCAGCCACCACCUUCAACUGGUACAUUAAACGAGGAUGUGAUACCGAAAUGUCUGUCAUCAACAACGAGACUCCUGCUCCAGCCCUUUACGGAAUCUCCCAGACCAACCGAGUUUGCGACUACACCAACGGUACUCUUUGCAACGGUCUUGUCGAAGGAUACGAUACCACCCUCGAAAUUGCCACGCAGUCUUCUCGACUUCUCCAGUGCUACGAUUGCGAGACUCCAGCUGGAAAUACUGACCCAGAAGAUCCCUGCUACACUGUUCCAUCCACCACCAAGGCUGUCGAGUGCCCAGAUCUUUCCUACACUUCCUGCUCCACCACCGAGACCGCUUACACUUUGAACGGACAGAGCUUCUACGGCAUCAAGCGAGCUUGCCACAAGGGUGAUCAUGAAGACUCCACUGAAGCCGUUGCUGGAUUCAAGAACGUCAACUCUGAGACCACUCACUGCACUUCCGGCUCCUGCAACAAGGCUAACGGCAAGACCACCGACCUCGUCGUCGCUGUCGAAUCCUCACCUGGAUCUGGAACUGAGAACGAAACCGAAGAAUCCGGCGCCGCCGUCGUUGCUUUCUCCGGACUCAUGGCCGUCACUUUGGCUCUCUUCCACUAA